CUCUGCAACUCGUCGCCUGCCCAUCCAUCACCAUGUUGAACCGCCUCUUCCGGCCGCAGUCCGGCCUGCGUGCAGCCUCCGCCCUUGCCCAGAAGCCCGUCUCCGCGCUCCCACGCUUCCAGGUCCGCAGCCUGCACCGCGUGCCCCAAUUAACCAACGACCAAUACUUCAAGACCAAUGGCGUUCCGGAGCUGCUAUCACCAGAGGCGUUUGACUUUUCCUGGACGCAAUACCAGGGUCUGCUCAUUGACAAGCUGAACCUGAUGACGCAGGACACCGUCGACGCCGACGCGAAGCCCGGAGAACUGCUGGUCAAGUACUCCCGGCGACCAGAGAUGGCCUCCGUGUUCAACUACGCCUCGAUGGCCCACAACAACCACUUCUUCUUCAACUGCCUGUCCCCCACCGCCACCGAGAUCCCCGAAACCUUCGCCAAAGACAUCGUCGAUACCUGCUCCUCGAUCGAAUCCCUCAAGCUCGAUUUCCUGGCCACCGCCAACGCCAUGUUCGGCCCGGGCUUCGUCUGGCUCGCCAAGAACCUCGAGCGCGAGGGUCUGAUGCACAUUUUCUGCACGUAUAAUGCUGGCUCGCCGUACCCGGCUGCGCACGCGCGUCGCCAACCCGUCGACAUGGCGACGCACUCGCCCGACGCGCCCCUGGGUAACCAGUUCGCUGGCGCGAUGGGCGCGCACGCCGCUAACCAGAAGAACUUGGCGCCGGGAGCUCUGGAGGUGCACCCGAUUCUGUGUGUCAACACGUGGGAGCAUGUGUGGAUGAUGGACUACGGUAUUGGUGGCAAGGCCGAGUACCUGGAGCGCUGGUGGGACCGGAUUAACUGGGAGGUGGUGUUUGACAACUACAAUGCGGUCAGCUCGGUGAAGGGUGGGCGGAACGCGGCCAACUUUGGGCGGAACCUGAGCAUGCUGUAGCUGUAGUUUCUUUGUUUGUUCAUUUGUGAUAAACUGUAUUAUAUACAAUGUUCUAUGCCAAUACGUCUUCUCC